CCCCGCAGCCCCGCGCCUCUGGCUCUGCGCGGCCCUGAUGGGCUGCCUGGCGGCUGCCGGGGCCCGCCGGAGAGUUCUUGAGUGCUCUCCUGCUGGACAUCAGAUCCUGCAGAGUCCUUACCGAAGCGUUGAUUUUGAUUCAUCCCAUCUCCAGCAAUCAGCUAUUCAGGAUUUGAUCUGUGACCAUUCCCUAACACCAGGAUGGUAUCGCUUUAUGAUUUUUGAUAAGCCUGCUGAGAUGCCAACCAAGUGCGUGGAGAUGAAUCACUGUGGAACUCAAGCCCCUAUCUGGCUGUCUCUGAGGGAGUCAGAAUCCAUGCCUCGACCUGGUGAGAUCAAACAGUUAACAGCUUGUGCUACAUGGCAGUUUUUCUUCAGCACUUCAAAAGACUGCUGUCUUUUCCGAAUCCCUGUCAGGGUGAGGAACUGUGGAGACUUCUUUGUUUACUUACUGCAGCCCACCCAAGGAUGCAUGGGUUAUUGUGCAGAAGAUGCAAAGACACAGAUGUGUGAUCCUGAGGGAAUGGAAUUUCAAGGUGCCUGCAGCAGUAACCUGGCUGCUACAUCAGCUCCAUCUGUGUCACCACCACUACCAUCCGUUCCUGAAGUUGUAGCAGAGAUGAUCAAAGGCAGCAUUUACUUAAGGUGUACCUUUGGCGUUCCUUCUGCAAACAGCUCUGUUGGAUUCAUUGUAACUUGGUCAAGACUUUCCCCUGAAGGUAUCAAAGAAGAACUUACACACGGAACAGCAGUUCAUACCUUCUCACUUCUAGAACUAGAUGGGAUAAACGUCAGACUUGGAGACAGAGUCUACUGUAGCUGUUCUACUUUUUUCAUGGAGAAGCCAGAUAUACAAAGCUCUUCAGUUGAGAGCAAGGAAUUUUUUGCUGGAAUUAAGAUGCAUCCAGAAACUUAUGAUAUAUCAGAAGAUGGGAAGGAAUACAGACUGACAAUAGAAAGUAGCAUUCCUAUUCCUUGUCCUGAGUUUAGCCAUCUUGAAAGUGACUGCAAAAUCUCACUGACAUUAAAUAGUGUUGAUGUAGGUAAAGAGCAGUUAGGUUUAAACUUGGCUCUUUCUUCUUGUCAUGUGGAUCUUCUCCAGAAACCCUGCAAUGAUGGAAUCUGUAGUCAAGCUGUAAUUUAUUUCACUGCUGUGACAGACUUCAUGCAGGAUGGAGACAGAAUUACCAGAAUUGCAGUUGAACCUAUAUCCAGUGAGAAUUUCCUGUGGAAUGGCUAUGUUCCAGAAAGCACACAGAUUACAGUUAAGGAUCUACCCACUGCCUACUGCUACUCAUUUACUGAUCCUCAUAUUAUUACAUUUGAUGGAAGAGUCUAUGACAAUUUUAAAAGAGGAACAUUUGUUCUCUAUAAGAGUACAUCUCGAGAUUUUGAAGUUCAUGUUCGUCAGUGGGACUGUGGAAGUCUUCACUACCCAGCAUCCUGCAACUGUGGCUUUGUUGCCAAGGAAGGAAGUGAUAUAAUUGCAUUUGACAUGUGCAGUGGUGAGCUACAUGAAUCACAGCCACACUUAUUUGUAAUAAACAGAGACACAACAGGAAGCAAUGUCAGAGUCACUGAAUCCUACCUAGGAAGAAAAGUAACAGUUUUAUUUUCUUCUGGAGCUUUCAUUCGUGCUGAUGUGAGCAAAUGGGGAAUAAGCAUAACGCUUAGGGCCCCCAGUUCAGAUUACAGACAUACAGUGGGACUCUGUGGCACCUUUGAUGGAAUUGCGGAGAAUGACUAUCACACUGCAAGUGGGGUGGAAAUCCCAAAUCAUGCUAAUGUUCCUUUUUCUUUUAUUGAGGAGUGGAGAAUUUUACCAGGAGAUAGCUUGUUUGACAAAACACCUGUUUCUUUAACAUCUUCGAGAAAAGUAGUCUUCUGUGACUGUGCACUUGAAGAUGAUGGAUUAUAUCCAUUAGUGAACAAACUGGAGACAGUUUCUCAGUCAGAACUUCCACUGUCUUGUAAAGAAAGUGCAAAUGGUAGAUUUCUUUCUUUGAUACCAGGACUGGAUGUCACUGCUGAGUAUCUUGGUCCUACUGAUCUUGUCAGAGGCUUUAAGAAACGUUCAUCUGCACAUGAAAUGGAUUCAUCUACACUUCUGCAGAGGCAGGAUAAUCAAACCAAACUUCACAAAACAUCACGAGUAAACUCACGUGUCUUGGCAACCUCAGUGAGAAAUAUUGGUACAGAAAGAGAAGGAAGUUCAAGCUCAGGCAUUAGAAAAAAUUCUCAGCGUUACAGUAGUCAUCUUCUCAAAAGUCUGUCAGUUACAAGUAGAGGGAAGCGUCAAAAUUAUUAUGACUACCAUCCAGUAUUCCUAUUCCAAAGUCUCAGCCAAACAGACUUAGAGGAAUAUAGUUAUUUUUUCCCAGAGGACCAUGCCACUGACGCAGACCAAAAGUUCCUUCCUUCUUGGCCCACACCUUCAGGCCUCACCGAGUCUAGUGCUCUGUUACUCUGCCAGCAGGCAAUAGCUAAUUCCAGUAUAGGAAGAUCUUGUGGUGCCCUUCUUGGCCGGAGAACAGAGGAUGCAAUCAAUAUGUGUGUUAAAGAUUUGCUGCUGAAAGAUGACCUCAGCUGGGCAGAAGCUUCCUUACCUCUUCUGGAGAAUGAAUGUGAGAGGAGAAUUUUAGAAGAAAUAAAUUACAGCCCACAGGAACUUGAAGGCUCAGUUGAGAGCCUACUUACUGCAUUAAAGUGUCCCAGUCUCUGCAGUGGUAAUGGGGAAUGUACAGAAUGGGGCUGUGCAUGUUUUCAAGGAUACAGCUCGUAUGACUGCAGCAUACUGUCUGACGAGGCUCCAGAAAUUACAGAGCUGGAGAAUGCUGGGCUGUGUGAUAUUCGACAGUAUGACUGCACAUCAGCGAGAGUUUUUGGACAUGGCUUCAGGGAGUCAUUGAAUCUGAAAUGUGAAAUCAUCAAAUUGCAAUAUAGUAAUAGACAAUGGAUUCCUGGAGAACUUCUAACUGUGCCAGCUGUCUUCCAAAAUGCCAGGACUGUCGACUGCCAAUUACCAAAUGAUGGCCAGCAGUCUGAUGUCAUGGAUGUGGUUGAUGAUAAACCCAUUGCCAAGUGGCAAAUAAAGAUUUCUAAUGAUGGACUCAUUUAUAGCAACUCUAAAACAAUGAUAUUAUAUGAUGGAGCCUGUCAGAUAUGCGAAUCACAAGAAUCUGGAUUAUGUACGUUAAAGGAGAAAACAUGCAACAUAGAUGGACUCUGUUAUGGUGAAGGAGACACAAAUCCAACCAGCCCUUGCUUACUCUGCAGACCUGACAUAUCAAAGUUAACUUGGUCAGUUGUUGAAAGCAAUCAGCCUCCAGUCCUUGAAACUUCUCAGGUUAUGCUACAGACUUUUUAUGGAGAAGAUUUUGUAUAUCAGUUUUUGGCUUCAGAUCCAGAGGGCUCUGCUAUUCAUUUCACAUUGGAUUCUGGUCCAGAAGGUGCCAGUCUUUCCCCAUCAGGUCUCCUUUUGUGGAAAGCUGUGUCAACAAAUCUCCAUAAAUUAACAUUUUCUUUGACAGAUGACUGCAAUGCAACAACUAAGGUAGAAAUAGAGGUCAGUGUAAAAUCAUGUGAUUGCCUAAAUAAUGGCUCAUGUGUGACAAACAUUAAUUUCCCACCUGGAAGUGGAAGAUAUCUUUGUGUGUGUGUGGCUGGAUUUGAAGGUGAUCUCUGUGAAGGGAAUACUGAUGACUGUAGACUUAACCAGUGUGGUAUUGGCAGAUGUGUGGAUGGAAUAAACAGCUAUUACUGUGAAUGUCCACCUGAACUUCAAGGUAAACACUGUGAAGAGGAUGUAGAUGAAUGUGUAUCCAGUCCUUGCUUCCCUGGAGUAUUUUGCUUCAAUACUUUUGGUUCUUACUAUUGUGGUCCAUGCCCAGAUAAUCUGCAAGGAGAUGGGAAGUCAUGUUAUGAAAGCUUUGAAGACACUGAUGUUGAAAGGAAGGAUUCCACAGGAGAAAUUGGAGGGAAUAAAGGGUUUCAACAAUCAUCCUUUGAGAAGGUUUUAAGCAUCUCAAGCUAUAUUCCCAGUUCUACAGAUGUCCCAAAGAGAUUUAUUUCUACAGAAAUGGUCAGUAGCAGCACAGCACCAGCCUCCACAGUAAAAACAAUCACUGCCUGGAAGUCACUUAAUUCUCAGAGAAGUGCUUCUUUACAACCUGCUGUUACUGGAAACAUUGCUCACACUCUCAGGACCAUCAGUGGUCACCUUGCUGACAUGGAAGUGAGUUCUUCAGUACAUACUGUGAUGACUGCAUCUUCAGGGAGCCUUGCUGUAUCACCUGAGAAAAAAACAAGGCCGCAAACUGAGGCCUACAGCUAUUUUGACACUAGCAGGAAGACUUCUCCUAGCAGCAGAGCAAAUAUAAGCAAAGGACUUUCUUUGCCAAGCAAAACAUUCAAAGGUGGCAAUGCUCAGAGAGUUCUGCACCUAUUAGCCAAGCAUAAAGCAAGUAAUUUACCUUUUGCCCCUGUCAAAGUCACUGUCCCACCAAAAAUGCUUCCUGAAGAACUGAGUGAAGCAGUGAUUCCUAAAGCAAUAACCUGUACUGACUUACCCUGUUUUCCUGGUGUACACUGUGAGCCAAGUCAGGAUGGAAGCAUCAGGUGUGGUCGUUGUCCUAAUGGUUAUUAUGGAGAUGGCUUCACUUGCAGAGCAAGAUGUAGACAAACAUGUGGCAAAAAUAUGGAGUGUGUGGCACCCAAUAUUUGUAAAUGCAAGCCUGGUUAUGCUGGUUUUAACUGUCAGGCUGCUCUGUGCAGACCUGAUUGCAAAAACCAUGGGAAGUGCAUUAAGCCAAAUGUCUGUGAAUGUCUACCAGGAUACAGUGGCUCCACUUGUGAGGAAGCACAUUGUAAACCACCCUGUCAAAAUGGAGGCACAUGUUUGGCCAGAAAUCUCUGCACCUGCCCAUAUGGCUUUGUGGGACCAAGAUGUGAUACAAUGGUUUGCAACAGACAUUGUGAAAAUGGUGGUGAAUGUCUCACUCCAGACAUCUGCCAGUGUAAACCUGGGUGGUACGGACCUACAUGCAGUACAGCAAUGUGUGAUCCUGUGUGUCUCAAUGGUGGUUCCUGUACUAAGCCAGAUGUUUGCCUCUGUCCACAUGGAUUCUUCGGUGCCCAGUGUCAGAAUGCUGUCUGCAGCCCGCCUUGUAAGAACGGUGGUCAUUGCAUGAGAAAUAAUGUCUGUACUUGUCCUGAUGGGUACACAGGUGGAAGAUGUGAAAAAAGUAUCUGUGAGCCAAGGUGUAUGAAUGGAGGAAGAUGUGUCGGCCCAAACAUUUGCUCUUGUCCUUCAGGAUGGAGAGGAAAAAGAUGUGACACUCCAAUCUGUCUUCAGGAAUGUAAGAAUGGUGGGGAGUGUAUUGGACCGAGUACAUGUCAUUGUCCUCCGCAGUGGGAAGGAAUCCAAUGCCAAACACCUGUAUGCAACCAGAAGUGUCUGUUCGGAGGCAAGUGUGUGUUGCCCAACGUAUGCUCUUGUCGUCCAGGUUAUACUGGAGUCCUCUGUGGGAAGAAAAUUCAGGUACAUGUGGAGUCAAGAUGCCAUCACAGAUACAGUGAUUUGGGAGUCAUUGUCUAGUCCACCCUGUCCAAUGAAGCAGCACGACAUAUGUAUUUAGUCUGAUUUCUCCCUUUCAGUCUUCAGUGAGGGAAAAUUAAUGAAUUUCCUAAGAGCUAUUCCAGUAACUUUUAGGCUUUAAUACUUAAAAAAUUGUUUUUAACACCUAAUGUACAUUUCCUUUGUUUCAAAUUAAGCUGAUUAUCUCUUGUCAUGCAGCAGGGAUUGGUAACUAUCCUCUUCAGAACUACUAUUCUCUCUUCCAGCAUCUGGCCCCAUUUUAGGGAGAAGUGUCCUGCUGUUGACUUUCUUAGCUUGCAUCAAGUCAAGCUCUGAUCUUUUCCCAACUAACUACACUGCCACUCAGUUCAUCCCUGUUUUAUACAAAUGUUCAUUAUCCCAAAGUGUAACUUGGGAGUAGGUUUACUUUUUUGCAUCAUAAGGUAUGAUGACGAUUUCUCUGUUUUGUCACACAAUUUUCUGUUGGAUUCCCUUGUUUGAGUGCUGACAGUCACUCACUGAAGUAGUUUAAUUAAACAUUUCCUUACAAGUAACUUCUUUGUGACAUCUGAAGUAAAAGUAUGCUCUUCUUGCAUCAUCUGUGGUGUUUCUCUUCUUUUAAUUUCAAUUUUCUGGUGCCAGUAGAAUUGAGAGAUGGGGCAGAUAUGUUUCAGAAAUUGAAAGAGAGAAAUGCUCAUACAUCUUUUGAAAAUACAAAACUACAUAUCUUAUGACAAUAAGAGACUAUUUUUUUCAAUAUGGAUUUCCAAAAUUGGCCCUAAAGAGAGGAAUAUUUUGAUUUAAAUGUUUACAUAACUAUGUCUGCAAAGCAUUAAUAUAUUUUUAAUCUAGAAAAUAUAUAUUGCUGAUCAGUCAGACGGUGCUGUAUUGAUUAAAACAGCAAAUUUUCUUUAAGAAACAAAAGAGCUAUAGACACAAGUUUAACUUAUGUUGUGAUUCUGUGUAUCAGGAAAGCAGAGACUCAUGGAUAACUUUAUUGUAAACAUGGGCUGCAUCAUUAAAGUCUUUUUGUAAUUUUUUUUCUCUCUCUCUCUCUCCAAGGUACAAAGGCAUCAUGAUUGAAGAAAUGUAUCAAUUAAAUUGCAAUGCUUCAUGGAUGUAUGAGACUUGAAAAUAGCAAAAGGGUUAAAGGCAAUUACAGAGCUUAUUUAAAUGAAAGGAAUAUUCAGAAGUGUUAUUUUUAAAGAUUCGUAUUAGCCACAAAUACUGGUGAGCUUCAAAACAACAAUCUUGUAGUCAUUAAAGCAUAUGUAUAUUUCUAUAAUUUUUUGCUACCUCAUGCACAAACCCCACAGCUUCUGAUGUCUUCACUGGACUCAGAUCUGAUGACUGAUGCAAACUGAAAAUUCUGCAGUUCAUUGAUGCAGUCAGCUGGACUGACAUUUCCUUUGUGGGAACAAGAUUGUAGCAGCUGCUGAGUGUCUCCAGCAAGGAAGGCAACACUUCAGCAUUUCCUGAAUGGUACCUUCUGUUUGUAAACACUGUAUACAUUAUGUAUUAUUUGGCUGCAGACAGAAGAAAAAGCAGAACUAUGUUUUUCUUCUUCUCUUGUAUUUGCAUCAUUCUUGGUGUAAUGAUAAGCCAGUAGGGAGGAAGGAGGGGAAACCUGAACUGAGGCUGGGCUACUAACAAUGGAGGCUUCCUUCCUAUCUUGUUAACAGUCAUCCAGGUGCAGAAUGACUCUGGUUUAUCUGUGACAAGCCUUUGUAGCCAC